GCUCUUUUCCCCUUUCUCUUCAGUGCUUUCCCCCGCUCUGCAUAAUUUUCAUUGUCGUCGAUUGUCCUGCUACGAUGGCGUCCGUCAUUCCUAUUGAUUUCACCGAGUCGCAGUACCGCGACCAGCGCUUCAAGGGCGAGAAGGAGGAGCAAUCGCGCAAGCUCGCCAACUCGACGACGCUCUAUGUCGGCAACCUGAGCUUCACCACGACCGAGCCGCAGAUGGUCGAGCUCUUCUCGAAGUGCGGGCCCGUUCGCCGUGUCGUCAUGGGCCUCGACCGCAUCAAGCGCACCCCCUGCGGAUUUGCCUUUGUCGAGUACUACACGCGGAGAGACGCCGAGGACUGCAUGAAGUACGUGACUGGGACGCGGCUGGACGACCGCCCAAUCCGCACCGACUGGGACGUCGGCUUUGAGGAAGGCCGCCAGUUUGGCCGCGGGAUGAGCGGCGGCCAAGUCCGCGACGAGUUCCGCGAUGACUUUGACGAGGGCCGCGGCGGGUUUGGCAAGGGCACGCCGACAGGCGGCACGGGCGGCGUUGGCGUCAGGCCAGGCGGGCCGUUCAACGCGGGCUACGGUGGCAGUGGCAGGCAUCACCACCACCACGGAGGAGGUGGUCAAGGUCAUCAGGGGUAUAACGGAAGCCAAGGAAGCCAAGGUCAAGGCCAUGGAUACAACGGAUCGCGCGGUGGCUACGGCGGCGGUGGCCAGCAGCAACGCAACAAUCGAAACAACCACCAGAGCAACAACUACCAGAGCAACAAUAGCAAUGCUGGAGGACGCUAUCAUCACUCAUCAUCAUCAUCAUCAGGAUGGGGUAACAACUACCAGCAGGCGCCAUUGUACGCGCAGCAACCGCCGCCGGCUCUGGGAUCUGCGUUUGCGAUUGCAGAGGCUGCUGCUGCUGCCGCGGCCGCCGCGUCGGCAAAACGACCACACGAAGACGCCAACAGCCCCAGCGACAGCGCUAACACGGUCAGCACCACCGCCGCCGCAGACGACAGCUCGGAGCACGCAAGCAAGCGGCAGCGGAUGGGCGACGACGGCGAAUCCAGCGCAACCAGUCAACCGAUUUUCGACCAGGCGACUGCUGCUGCUGCAGCAAGCGCAGACACUGGCGAUGAUGUUGAAGAUAUGGUACAAUACGAUGAAUAAAGCGUGAGCUUUUGAGUGCAA